AUGGAGUCACCGGCAUGGAUGUUCACGAAAGCGUUAUCACAUCGUCAAAAGGUAUGCCGUCUCUAUAAAAGAGCGCUUCGUGAGGUGGACAACUGGUACGGUGGUGAUAAGUAA